AUGCACUCUCCCGCGGCCGUGCAGCCCUGGAAAGCUGGCGAUGAUGGGACAUGGCUGGAAGGUCGAGGUGAGCGAGGCCCGUCGCGGGCCAAUGACGUCGGCCCCAACCCGAUAACGAUAAGGAACCCAGCAACCGUCCCUUUCAUCACCCAACUCUGCACCCAGGAUCGUCCCGCAACCGUCCCGCCCUUCUUCUGUCCAGCACAGGUGCCACGUAGCAGCGACGCAGCUGGAGCCAGAGGUGUCAUGAAGCCCAAGACCUCGUCGUCGUCAUCGUCCGGGGAAAAGAAGAGGCGGGACGCGCCGGCGGACAGCGCGCUUCGCGGGAAUGGAAGGCCAAUCGUUGAGCAAUACUCAGAGAAGCGCAGCUCAAAGGACUCUAGCAGGAAAAGAAGAUCUGGAGACUCCACCCUGCCAGCGCAACGUUCCCCGCGCCGCCAACAACAUAGGGACGACCACCCUCCCCAAUCACAGCGUCAAUAUGAGGAUGCCUACCGGAGACGCGAGCACUACCGAUCAGCCCUGAAUGUAGAGGUACCACAGGAAUACCGGCGCUCGUUCGAGCCGGAAACUCUUAAUUCAUCUCAAGAGACUCUGUUGAACCCACGACCCCACCGAAGUCAACACCAUCGGCGACGGCACCCCACGCAAUCAUCCCAAGGCACUCUGCACGGGCGCGGAGCAAAGCGUGACCCUCCCAAGCAUUCAAAGUCAAAGAAGAACAUCCGGCCUGAGCCUUCACGUGGCUGGUCUUUCUUUGCGACUUCUCCACCAAGGACACCAAAGCGCGAACCUCGCAGCUACCAAACUCUUGAGUCUUCACCCCGUAGUCAUCGUUCGUCACGCCACUACUACUCUUCCACUACCCUUCAGCCAAGUCCCGAGUCUUCGCGCUCUCAGCACCGUCAACAUCGGCCCCGCCGGCACGAACAAUCAACAACGUCUUCGCGCCAAGCUCGUCCUCGCACACCCAACACGACCGUCCGUCGUGUACCGGACCGACGCUUUGCCGUCCUGGCUGCCACAAACCAAGCGCUUGAAGAAGUUCGCCAAGAGGCAUUUGCGCAACCCUCUCCUCCCCCAAGGCGUGCGAGGUUGCAUCGCUAUGAAGGUGUUACUAUACCCACUUCUCAAAUUCCUUUCAACUGGGACUGCAUGAGCACUUCGCAGACCUCGUCGGGACGCAGUCGUGGCAAUGGAGAGUCGAGUAGUCGACCAAGACGCUCACGUAGAUGAAUGCUCCAUCUCAUACAGACCAUGCUGGGCAUGGCUAGUAGCUACUGGUGCGAGG